AUGACACUUGCAACAUGCCAAAAAGAAAAGGAGGAGGAACAGGCCGGACGUCGCGCGACAAGGAGGCUGUGUCAACAGACCGAUAGGGAGGGUGGUGGCGGCUCUAAAGGUACUAAUGCGUCUGCCGCGCGUGGCAGUGGGCUGAAAAAACUGGCGGGAAAAAAGGCCGCGCUUGGACAGGAGAAGUCCGGCAAGAAGGCGGAAGAGAAGGGGAAGCAACCAACGCCCGGUCCCGGAUUCCCAUCGGCGGAGAGAGAGGGCUCGGCGACAGGGGGAAACCACGGCGACGCUCCCCGCGCCGAGCAUGCCGCAACCCAGGAGUCCGAGGCGGAGGCAUCCCAACACCAUCUGACGCUGCUCCGGCCGACCGUGGUCGAAAUUUCUGCUGCCGUGGUGGAUAAGGCCAAGGCGGGGGGGCACGAUUCGAUGGAGGAUCUCCAACACAGCAUCGCCGACGUCGGUGGCUCUCCUCCUUCUGGUGGACGUGGGAGGCGUAGGCAGAGGAAGAGCGAUGGGGAAGAAGAUUAUGACACCGCCGUGCCCGGGGACAUCACUACGCGGGCGAAGAGACGGCAGACGACAGGCAGUGCUCACGACGCCGGUGGUGCGGAAGUUGGGACAACGCGAGGCGAGGAGGAUGCUGAUGAGGAGGAGGAUGCGGAUCAAGAGGAGGAUGAAGAGGAUGCGGAGGAGGAGGACGCGGAUGUUGGGGAGGAAGAAAAAUAUGAGAAUGAUGACAAGGAGGAGGAGAAGAAGGAGGAGGAGGAGGAGGAGGAGGAGGAGGAGGAGGAGGAGGAGGAGGAGGAGGAGGAGGAGAGGGACGACGAGAAUGAGGAGGAGGAGGAGGAGGAGGAGGAGGAGGAGGAGGAGGAGGAGGAGGAGAGGGACGACGAGAAUGAGGAGGAGGAGGAGGAGGAGGAGGAGGAGGAGGAGGAGGAGGAGGAGGAGAGGAGGAGAAAAAGGAGGAGGAGGAGGAGGAGGAGGAGGAGGAGGAGGAGGAGGAGGAGGAUGAGGAGGAGGAUGUGGUGGCUGUGA